AUGCAGAAAGACGACUUGAAGAUGAAUGGCAUUAAUAGAACAAAUUUUGUGUAUAAAUUCAAAAGGAAGCAACACCCUUUUUAUCGUCAUUCACUUGAUACGAGUGAUCACUACAAGUAUGCAAUGGCAAUAUAUAAACCACUACGAAAGGUAGAAGGAGUACAAGCACGUAUAAACCUAUGGCAACCGUCAGUUGCUAGCACGAUGGCUGAGAGCAGCUCUCAAAUUUGGAUCAAAACAAAAGUAAAUGGAAUUAUCAAUACAAUUGAAGCGGGAUGGCAUCGUAAUGCGCAAGGGACUGCGUUGGGAUGUUACAAUUUAGUGUGUCCGGGAUUUGUACAGAAUGAUAAUGUAAAUAUGAUAGGACAACCCUAUAAUCAAGUAUCAACCUAUGAUGGUCUACAAUGUUAUUCCACAAUUCAAAUCGUGAAGCAUUUAAGUACAGGACAUUGGGGGUUGAUAGUGGAAAACAUUCCAGUGGGGCAUUGGUCAAGCCACAACUUUACUCACUUAGCAGAGGGAGCCACACAUGUAUAUUGGGGUGGCAAGGUGUGGAGCAUAAACAGCGACAAUGAGCGUAUAUCAAAAGAAGAGAUGGGAUCUGGGAGAUAUGCACAAGAGGGAAAUGGAAGGGCAAGUUCUUUCGACUCACUAGGAGCCGCAUUUCAGAAUGAGGGCUUCCAUUCGGUUACGCCCCACAACUUGACAUAUCAGUACAGCGGCCCAUGCUAUAGCAUCAGCCAUUAUAAUAGUGGCUUCUUUUAUGGAGGUCCAGGCGUGGGUCCAUUAUGCAUUGUUGCUAAUUGA